CAAAGAAUAUGUUAUCAAAAGGAAUCCCAACAUGCUUAAACAAUUUGACUGCAAUGUUUGAAAAGAGCAUCCACACACGUGGGUUUAUAAAUUAUAUAAAAUUGCUGAACAUGAAUGGUGUAUCUUAUGCAAGUUUUCCUUCGGGCGAGUAUACUCUUAACAUAAGCCUGAUGUGGAAAGGGGUUGAACAGGGAUUCAAGAACCCAGAGUUAGAGCUUAAGAGCAUUGAUCUUUCGAGUAAUAAGUUGACAGGUGAAAUACCAACAGAGAUCGGAUAUCUACUUGGGUUAGUUUCUUUGAAUUUAUCAAGAAACAAUCUGAGUGGAGAAAUUCCUUCAGAGAUAGGAAAUUUAAGUUCACUGGAGUCCCUUGACUUAUCAAGAAAUCAUAUCAGUGGGGGAAUUCCUUUCUCACUUUCUGAAAUUGAUUUUCUUGGGAAGUUAGAUCUGUCACACAACUCUCUGUCUGGAAGGAUACCAUCAGGAAGACACUUUGGAACUUUUGAUGUCUCUAGUUUUGAAGGGAAUGUUGGUCUUUGUGGUGAACAACUUAACAGAACUUGUCCUGAAGAUGGAAAUCAGAGAACAAUAAAGACUGAAGAACAUGGAAAUGAUGAUGAAGAUAAUGUUUUGUAUGAGGCAUUGUACAUGAGCAUGGGGAUUGGAUAUUUCACUGGAUUUUGGGGCUUAUUCGGGCAAUGCUACUUUGGCGUUCUUGGAGAAAUACUUAUCUCAGAUUCCUAAACAGGUUGACAUAUGCUAUAUAUGUGUUGUUGGUGCUCUGAUUGCAAGAAGA